AUGGUUCGGUCCGAAGAUCCGAUUAGGAUGCCUCACUCAUAUCAUGGUGAUGACGAGGCAGACGAGAACAGAAGGACUCUGGAGCAGAAUAUUCCCUCAUCAUCGUCUUCUUCGAACAACGACGAAGCGACAAAAAGCGAUGACGAAAUAUCUCAUUCCCACGAGAAUCAGGAUGAAAAUGGCAACAGUAACAACAAGAAUUCCUCGGGACCGCGGUUUCUCACCCAAGAGGAAACCAUCGAGCUCGCUCGCCGUGCAGUCGAGAAUGGAAUACUGGAGACAAAACGCUCAUUAGCAGGAAGUGAGGCUGUCAGUGACGUGGUCAAGCCCAAAUUAACCAUUGACCUGGGCCACUCCAACAUCGUUCGCAUUCCCGAAGCGGUAGUGGAUGCGAUCAAAGAUGAAGUCGAAAGAUUGUCUUUGUCGAAUAAUCAUCUCUUCCACAUUCCUUAUCGUUUCGCCGAGUGCUCUCACCUCCGCUAUCUGAACAUCAGAGCGAACAAUUUUCGGGAAUUCCCCAGGGGAGUGUACAAACUGCCGCUGCUCGAGAUAUUAGAUCUCAGUCGCAACAAAAUCAGCCACAUCCCCGAAGAGAUAAAGAGACUGUCUUCGCUUCGUGUACUGUCGAUUAUGCAGAAUCGAUUGGAUGAUCUGCCAUUUGGAAUUUCGGAAAUGAACAAACUCCAGAUCCUGAAGGUUGCGGGUAACCCACUACGGUAUCCCUUACGACGAGUUCUCGAGACCUCGGAGACCGAAAUCGCCCCGUCCACCAUGACAGACAAUGAGAAAGAGGUCGCCGUAACCGCAGAAUUGAAAAGGUUCCUCAAAACUCGACAGUUAAAUGAGCAAGACCGAGGAAACGAGUCAAGACGCAAGCUCAGCAGCCGGUUCCCAGUGAUCCCUAGCACAGGGGAAGGUUCUGAUCCCAAGUCACCGUCCGUUGCGAGGCCGCCACCGAUUCCGCUCAAAUCCCAUUACCGUAUUGCCUCUGGACAAGGGCCGAUCUUCCAUGGUGGGGUCGUUCAACGACCCGGCGCAAGCCCGUACCAUGGAGUGAAUGAACGCAACCGAAGCAACAGCGAAGGCAUCAUCCAAGCAUCGUUCGCAGCACGCAACAAGCGGAUGGGGGUCAUUACGCGAAAGAACACUGACUUGGGAACCCUCGACGAAACACGACCUUAUCGAAACAGUCACUUGCGUGGGCUCAGCCAUGGCUCCAUUCUCAGGUCACGACCAGUGUGCAACGCUGGCGGUAGCAAUUCCUCUAGUCCAAGUAGCCCGCGGGAGCGCAGGCGCUUGAAAGAUGGUUUUGUGAAUCGAAUGUCGAGUUUGCCAGAACACAAGGGUGAGAGGGAAGCCCGGGACCCGGUAAUUGAGAGUGCCAAAGGCAUUCUAUUUGCCCUUUUCCAAGUUCAGUCUCACGUAUCAGCUGUGAUAAACGUCAUAAAACGUGACGACUCUCGGCGGAAUAGUUUGGAGAUCGUCUUCUAUAAUGCAUCCACACAUGUUGAUCGACUCAAUGAAGCUCUCGGGAUUGCGGAGAGUUCUCGACAAGACGAUCAGGAUGUGCUCAAGCUGACGAACGAAGCCGUCAAGCGAGAGUGUGAAACUUGUAUUGUGGCUUAUAGCCACGUGGGAACGCAGCUACGUAAUAGUCUUGAAAAGAUCGUGGCCAACGGCGAUUCGCGCUACGUUCGUUCGCUCAUGCUCAUGAUCCACGGGAGCAUCAUUGAGCUUCGCAACGCCUGCAUGAGUUUGGGUGUCCCACUGCAUUCUGAGAAGCGCCUUUCGGCAGGAAAGACGCCAGUGACCGCAAUCACUAAAGAGCCUGCCCUGUCGGAUCGAUUCUGUGGGCCGACCGUGACUCCAUCACGCGGUGAUCGGCCCAUGUCAGUGCGCCGCUACAGAAGUGAUACCACGAUACAGCACCCUCGAAUCACGACUAAUGGGCCCUUACCCACAACAUCGAACUAUCAGUCUACGGUUAGCUCCCCAGGUUUUGCAUCAACACCCUAUAGCCUGGGAACGCGGAGCCGGUCAAGCAGCAAAUCCAACCUAAUUAACUCAUCCGUACCCUCAUCACUUGCGACACCCCGUUCAGGGGAAACAUUCCCCCCCAUACCGACCUCAGUAGUACCCCGAAUCAACCCACUGACUGGCUUGGACGAGAUUGAGGAGGAACGCAUUUUUGAGAAGAUAUUUCACCAAUUAUCUGCUGCAUACACCGCAGCCCUUCAAGCGCUGCCUCUAGCGCGCCGCCAGUUCGUGCGGUGUCUUGAAUUAGCGGAGCAAAGUCGAGAAUCCGAAGGGCUUCAAAUGCUCUGGAACAACCUCAUUCGCCGUUGCCGUGUCUGCCUUGAAGUCUCUGAGGCGCUCGGGCUGCGUCUUUCCAACAUGAAGGUAAAAGAGCCGGGCGGGGGGAUGCGCAAUCAGCGCGAGUUCUGGCAAUUGUGCAAAGCGUUCAUGCAGUCAUUCGUUGAUCUUGUGACUGAUAUGAAAGAGGUCAGAAGCAUGCACCUGUUGCCUUCUGACAUCAUCGUUGUCCUCCGCCCAGUUCAGAGGGCCAGCAGAGAAGCUAGUCGGCUGAUCGAAGCUUCUCCAUGGUCGUAUCUCACCGACAUGACCCCUACAAACGGACCUGGCAACAUAUACGGACCGCCGCUGCAAUCGCAGCAUCCGCAACACCAAACUUCGGGGUCCAGUUCCAACGUGCUACAUGUUAACUCAAAUCUCUCCCCGCAAUCUGUUCACCUUCCCGCUACCCCCUUGAGCGCUGCUCUUGGUCCUGCCGCGCAGGCAACUGUACCAUCAACCCCUGCUAGCGCGUAUAGUGACAAAUUCUUCGAGGGCGACGUAUUUCAGCGGGCGGACUCACUUCUCUCAAUGCCGAACCAAGCACCUUUCUUCAGUCGGCGUUGA